AUGUCUGACGACAAACCAUUCGCGUUGUCUGACAAUACGCUUCACAUGUCAAACGACGGUGAAACUGCGAAAAAGCGCCAGAGGUCGCCAGGUACCUGGCUGGAUUUGACGCAGGAAGAUGACGAAAUUCGCGCCACUCUUGCCUGCUCGACCAGUACUGUUGGCGCAAGCCCUGCGACAAUCAUGACUACCAGACCCCCGACAGAGAACGCGCUCGAUGAUACCGCCGUCGACGCCCUCAGCGUCAUACAGCCGCGCGUCGCGAAUAAUGUCUACAAAUGGGAUUUCGAAACAAAUGGGAUGGUUCGCAAAGUGCGAAAGCCAAGCGGCCUCGCAGUCGCCGUGGAAGCAUACGGCAUCCGGUGGAUAAGCCUCAUUCUAGCUCCUACUUUACCACCUACAGUAAACCAGUAA